GAGGGUGAAACAAAAUCCGAAUUGGACGAAGUACAAGAAGUCGUCAACGAACAAGAACAACAGUACUGGAAAACUGUAUUAGAAAACCCAGGAGACUUCACUAGCUGGACAUAUCUGCUUCAGUUUGUAGAGCAAGAGGAUUUAGAUUAACUGCGAGAGGAUCCAUCCCUAGAAACUGGUUGGCAGGUUUAAAACACCUGAAUAACAGAAUAUUUAUUGGUGAUUGUAAGACUUUCUUAUCAAUUCCAGUGAAUUCCAGCUUAGUUGACAAGGCAGAAGUUGAUGGGGAUUUCUUUCUUUUCAGAAUAAGCUCUUGUCAGCUAGAAAAGCAUUUGACUCGUUCUUCAAAAGAUAUCCAUAUUGUUAUGGGUACUGGAAGAAGUAUGCUGAUAUGGAACGAAAGAACGGAAACCUUGAUAGAGCAAAAGAGGUAUUUGAGCAAGGCAUCAGUGCUAUUACUUACAGCGUGGAUUUAUGGGUUCACUACUUAAAUUUUUCAUCACAAAUCACAAAGGGUCAAGCAGAUGGUCCUCAGAUAAUGCGCAGUUUGUUUGAAAGAGCUAUUUCAACUGCUGGGAAUGACUAUCGUUCUGACAAGUUGUGGGAUGYGUUCUUGGAAUGGGAAAAAAGCCAAGGACAGCUAAAGAAAGUCACAGAUAUUUACGACAAACUCCUGACAGUCCCAACGCAGAAAUACACCCAACAUUUCCAAAAGUUCAAGGAUCACAUCAAUUCCAAUCCUGUAGCUGCAGUUUUGUCAACAGAAGAGUUACUUAAAUUAAGAUCAGAGGUUGCGGCAUCUCCACCUGGUGUUUCAACUACUGAAGCUUCUCCCCAAGUUAUCGAAGCAGGCUCAAAAAAGAAAGCCAGUGAUGACAAAGAUAAAAAAGAUGAUGAUGAUGAUGAUGAAGUGGCUCCGGGGACUGAAGAUCUUAUAGCCUCUGGAGAAGAUGAAAGUCCCUUGAUAAUGUCAGAGAAUGAUCCUGAGACAGUUGCAAUAAGAGAAAAAGUCAUAGCGGCWAGAGCUGAAGCAUAUGCCAAGCUCGAAGAUGAAAUACGAAAAAUCUGGGCCUACGAAGAAGGAAUAAAGAGACCGUACUUCCACGUGAAACCUCUAGAAAGAGUCCAGCUUAAGAACUGGAAGGAUUAUCUAGACUUUGAAAUUACCAACGGAAAUCAUGAUYGUGUUGCCAUACUCUUUGAGAGAUGUGUUAUUGCUUGUGCUUUGUAUGAAGAAUUUUGGCAAAAAUACGCUGGAUAUGUUGAAGCACACAGUUUGGAGAAAUGCCAUGACGUUUACGAGAGGGCGUGUACGAUACAUUUGCCCAAAAAACCCAACAUUCAUUUGUCAUGGGCAGCAUUUGAAGAAGAACAAGGAAACAACAAUUUAGCUGCCAAAAUUCUUGAAGAUUUGGAUGCUGGUGUUCCUGACCUUGCAUUAGUCAAGCUUCGUAGAAUAAACCUUGAACGACGAAGAGGGAACUUGGAUAAAGUCUCAACAAUUUAUGAAGAGGCAAUUGAGGGAACUGAAGAUACAUCUGUGAAGUCAUUCUAUGCUGUGAGAUAUGCCAGAUUUUUGUCAAAAGUUGCUGGAAAUGAAGAACAAGCCUAUAUUGUGCUCAAAGACUGUAUUGAGAAAGACAAGGAUAAUAAGCGGCUCUACCUCCAGUUGCUUGAUCUUGCUUUGAACCAAAGACCUGUCAGUGAAGAAAGAGUAGAAGAGGUUUUUGACCUGAUCAAAAACACCAACCUUGACACAGACAUCAAGCAAGAAUUUUCUCAGAGGAGACUAGAGUUCUUGGAAGACUUUAGUUCCAGUAUUACUAAACUCAUGAAGGCUAAUGAAGCACACAGUAAGCUGUACAAGACCAAGUCUAGCAACCUAAAUGGUAUCACAUCAGGCAAGAAGAGACCUUCUGAGAGCAGCAGUGAUAAUAAAGCUAAAGCCUUGAAAGCUGACGACGGAGUUUCAGACACCACUCUUGCUUACCAAACCACAACUCCUUCAGUAACAGAAGCAUAUGACUCUACAUACUCUACAGCAUAUAGUGCUGCAGCUGCUGCAUAUAGUUAUGCUGCCACCCCUGUACAUAACCAAUGGGCUGCUGCUGGAUAUGCCGCUACACAGCCUGCCGCAUAUGCUGCUACACAGCCUGCUGCAUAUGCUGCCACACAGCCUGCCGCAUAUGCUGCCACACAACCUGCAGCAUACAACUACAGUCAGUGGUAUUAUGGCCAGCAAGUACCAACCACACCUUCAAUGUAACAUAAUUGACCUUCAGUGUAGCAUAAUAAAUUGAAAAACUAAGUGUUUGCAAAAAUUUAUCUAUCAUUAAAGUUAUGUUGAGUUAAUGAUAUUUUUUUGCUCUCAUUUACUACUUAAAGUAGAUCUUAAUGCUCUGGUUCAGCCAAGGUUUAUCUUUUUUUCCUGUCAUUGAACAUGUACAUACAGUAGAGAAUAGACUCCCUGUAAAGGUUUUGUUAUAAACAAGACUUAAACAGAUGCAGAACAAUUGCUUGUAAUGUAAGACAAAUUACAAAUAAAGUGCUGAUAGUAUUUGA